CGCACAGCAGCUGCGGUCACUCAGCCUGCAGACCGAGUCUGCCGCUACAGGUGACCAGCUAUACACCGCGCUCGGGCCCCCUCCCUGUCCCUUUUCGCCAGGAGCAGUCGACGAUAAGGCGAGUCAAUGGGACUUAGCAUCGGAUGCUAGCAGUCUGCCCAGCCACCAGCACGUGUCUGUGGGGCUCCAAUCGCCACCCACCUCCGAACAGAGCCGCUACAGUCGGCACUUAACAGAAUACAGCUUCGAUGCAAGCGGACCAGGUCCUCCUACGCAACAGCACACGCCAUAUACUGGUCUAGGUGUCCCGUCGAACCAAUCACCUUGGUUGGACCCCCAACCAGACAGCCGUGUUAUUCAGCAGCAGUCGUUAUCCCCCCAGCCGGGACCAUCUACCCAGCCUCAAGAUAAGCUGUCGCUAACAUCGUCGCUGUGCACAACAACCGCAGUAUUGCGGUCUCAAACAGGUUGUACACUAGGCCAAAGGCAGCAGAGCUACACGUUGACUCAGUCCCUGCCAUCAACAAUAACUUCUGCACCGCUAUUCGGAGCAGUUCCUAGGCCGCCAGUUCCCACUGCGACGAGUAUGGUCAUGACACAGUCUAACUCCCAGGCGAUGCAAGCAGUGGGCCAACAACUGUCAACAGCAGCGGGGUACCAGCCUGCCUUCCAUCCAAACCAGCCUGUGUCAUCGCCUGUGCAGAUCAUGUGCGCCAAUAUGCCAACGGCCGUACAGGCCCUAUAUCAGCCUACGCCAAUGACACUUGCCCAGACAGCAUAUCAAUAUGCUCCAUCUACGCCUGCACAGCCUACAUAUCAACCACAGACUGCAUAUCAAUAUGUUCAAGCUACGCCUGCACAGCCUACAUAUCAACCCCAGACAGCGUAUCAAUAUGCUCCAGCUACGCCUGCACAGCCUACAUAUCAACCCCAGACAGCGUAUCAAUAUGCUCCAUCUACGCCUGCACAGCCUACAUAUCAACCCCAGACUGCAACAGCGCAGUACCCCGCACACCAGCUACCAGCUGCAGCUGCUCUCCAGCCAGUGGGCCAGCACCCAGGAGGCAUGCCUCAGCAGUUUACCUGUCAACCACCCACAUGGGCAGUGGCGCCCUUACCAUACACACCUGCUGUCCCCCAGCAGACAGCGUAUCAGCCUCCGCCAGUCAUCCCAACUCAGCCAGCCUAUCAGCUGGCGCCUCUUCCACCGUACCAGCUGAGCCAUCAUCCACAACCGGUGUACCACCCCCAGCCUGCUCCAACAACUCAGCCAGCCUAUCAGCUGGUGCCUCUACCACAGUACCAGCUGAGCCAUCAUCCACAACCGGUGUAUCACCCCCAGCCUGCUCCAACAACUCAGCCAGCCUAUCAGCUGGUGCCUCCAGCACCGGUCCAGUAUGCCCUUCAGCCCCAGUAUACACCAACACAGAUGCCAUCCGCUCUCCAGCCUCCCAGGCAGCCAGUCCCAGUACCAAAACUGCCUAAGUUGGUCAACGACAAUGAAAGAGACUUCACUGACCUUAAAAUGGCGCUGGACCACCUACUCAGUCCCCACACUGAACUCUCUGAGCAUUACAAGUACCGUGUACUUAUGGAGCACCUGGUUCUGGAUGAAGCCAGGUUGAUUGCACAGUCCUGCAGGCAUUAUGCGCAGCCCUACACCGCCGCCAUGCAGGCCUUACAGCGGCAAUACGGACAGCCACAUCAACUCGCACAAAGUGAGAUUGCCACGAUCCUGAACUCUCCUGACCUCAAAGCAGGAGAUUCCAAAGCCUUCCAGAGCUUCGCCCUUAGCGUCGACCUGCUAGUGGGAAUGCUUACAUCGCUGGAAGGGCCCAACGGAAUGGAAGUGAUGUCGACCGGCCAUGUCGAUCGGCUCCUGAGUAAGCUCCCUAAGCACUCGAGGGACGGCUUCGUGGAGCAUCUACAGGUUCAAGGUCGCCUCAAUACAAACAGCCUAAACCCAUACAACCUUCGAGACCUCUCAGACUGGCUCAGGGUGAAGGCUGAAGCUCAAAGACUGUCCGCAAGAAUGGCACAGCGCCAUCGGACUGAAGGGCCACAGGCCCCCAACAGAGAUAGGCAAGUUCCUGUGCCCAGGCCUCGCAACCUCUCAGUUUAUCAUGGCUCCGACAAGCCUAAACCUGACAGCCGUCAGCUUUCAGACACGUUUAGGUCGGAGGCCAAGCAGCAGAAGUUCGAGAGGAUAUGUCUCUUCUGCAAGAGUGCCGAUCACUACCUAUCACAGUGUCCAGACAUCGUCCGGCACUCACCGGAAGAGAUCGAGAAGUGGAUAGCAGACGGCAAGCGUUGUCGUAAGUGUGGUCGUACCAACCAUAAGCAAGAUGCCUGCACCCUGAAGAAAGCGUGCAGUGAAUGUCAGGAGGUUCACCUCAGAGUUCUCCAUACCAUCACCAAGCCAGGUCCCGGUGUCUACCUCAUCACGCCAGAGGAUCGCGCCUCACUAGCCAACUCCAAGCAAGGAGGAAAGGUGUACCUCAAGGUGGUGCCAAUCAUCCUUAGCCAUGGGAGUAAGUCGCUGCACACCUACGCGAUCCUUGACGAUGGGGCCGAACGCACAAUAAUACUGCCAGCUGCCGUUCGUCACCUGGAACUCAAAGGCGAAGCCGAAUCUCUCGCUCUGCGGACGGUCCGCCAAGAUGUGGCUCGCCUCACUGGUGCGUCGGUAAACUUCCAUGUGGCCUCCCUGGCACGGCCUUCAGAACAGCACCUGGUUAAGGGUGCCUUCACAGCGGGACGGCUAGCCCUGUCAGAGCAAUCUUACCCCGUAACUGCACUUCAGAAGCGCUAUCGCCACUUGAGGGGCCUCCAGCUGCAUAACUUCAGUAAGGUGCGUCCGCUACUGCUAAUCGGUGCAGAUUGCACCCACCUGAUCACAGCCAAAGAGCCCGUCAGGUUCGGCCCCAGAGGUGGACCCGCAGCUGUACACACAGCGCUCGGCUGGGUGCUCCAGGGUCCAGAUGGUCUCGGGUCUCAUGCUGCUUCAUGCUACUUCACAUCUCUCAAGCCAGCGCCAGACGACUACUACCAACAUGUUGAACGUCUCUGGCAGCUCGACGUCCUCCCGUUUCGAAGCGAGAAGCUAGCAGUACGGUCCCGUCUGGACCAAGAGGCCGUGAGCAUCCUGGAAGCACGCACUGAGAGGGUGAAGGUCAUUGACACAUUCCGGUACGCCACACCUCUGCUCCGGGCUAAGGACGCGCCACUGCUGAAAGCCGCUGCUGAAGCAGUCAUGCCAAUGCUCCGCAGCACAGAACGCCGACUGGAAAAAGACCCAGCUAAGGCUAAAGUCUACGAAGCAGAGAUCCAAAAGCUCAUCGAUGGGGGGUGCGUUACCAAGCUCAGCAAAGAAGAGACGGAUAAGUCCAGUGAGUCAUGGUUUAUUCCCCAUCACCUCGUCCAUCACAACGGCAAGGAUCGCCUAGUCUUUGACUGCUCCUUCACCUACUGCGGCCUCUCCCUUAAUGAGCAACUCCUCCCAGGUCCAACCCUUGGACCAUCGCUCAUCGGGGUCCUCCUGCGAUUCCGGCAGUAUGCUGUCGCCAUCAGUGGAGAUAUCCGGGCAAUGUUCCAUCAGGUUCGGCUCCUGCCAGAGGACCGGCCAUUGCUGAGGUUCGCCUGGAGGAACCUGCGACGCGAAGAGCAACCUAACAUCUACCAGUGGCAAGUCUUGCCGUUCGGUACAACAAGCAGCCCAUGCUGUGCAACGUUUGCGCUGCAGAAGCACGUCAAAGACCACGCAGAGGGAAACGAAGACAUCCUGCAGUCCAUAGAGCAGUCUUUCUACGUGGACAACUGUCUCCAGAGCCUUUCAACACCCGAGUCUGCCAAGCUCCUCGUGGACAAGAUGCGGCAGUGUCUGGCCUCGGGAGGAUUCGAGAUCCGGCAGUGGGCAAGUAACUUCCCAUCUGUCGUCUCCCAUCUGCCUUCCACUGCCAGAUCAGAGAGCACAGAGCUAUGGUUAGCUGAGAAGAGCACCGACCCUCAGGAGCCGGCUCUGGGCCUACGGUGGCAUUGUCCGACCGAUCAACUUGGCUACAAGCCCAAGCCGAUGGAGAGCGAGAUUCCCACCAUGCGCCACGUGUACAAGGUGCUGGCCAGACAAUAUGAUCCUCUUGGAUUCAUCAUUCCCUACACAACGCGGGCCAAGGUUCUCGUCCAGAAACUGUGGGCGAAGAAGAGGAGCUGGGACGACCCAAACCUUCCUCCUGACAUCCUUGAGGCCUGGUCCAGCUGGGAGAGGGAACUUCCGGAGCUGGUAAAUAUCUCCCUACCGCGAACCUACGCACCACAGGACAUCGCCAAUGAUGCCACAAAGUAUACAAUGCAUGUCUUUUGUGAUGCCUCUGAACAGGCAUACGGUUCGGUAGUUUACCUCACAACGAAGAGUGACGACACUGUCCAUGUUUCAUUCGUUAUGGCAAGGUCUAGGGUGGCUCCGAAGCGCCAGCAGUCAAUGCCACGUCUAGAGCUCUGUGCAGCAUUGACAGGAGCCCAGCUGUCCUCCCUCGUUCAUCGAGAGCUCACCUUAAGCAUCACCCAGACCUUCCUUUGGACUGACUCCACCACCGUCUUAACCUGGUUGACAUCCGAGUCCUGCAGGUUCAAGGUCUUCGUUGGAACCAGAGUCUCAGAGAUUCAUGACCUGACGUCCUUGCACACCUGGCGGUAUGUGGACACGGCCAACAAUCCAGCCGACGAUCUCACCCGCGGCAAGACUUUGGUUGAGCUGGCGGCGCCAAAUCGGUGGAUUCAAGGGCCAUCGUUCCUCCGUGGUCCACCUAAAAAUUGGCCAUCGCUUCCCACCGCCACAGAGCCAGAAGAUGCUGCUGAGCUCAAGCACAGUAUCUUCUGCGGCCUCACACAGAUGAGUCUGGCACCUCAAACACCAGACGUCACACAGUUCGACAGCUGGACAGACCUGGUCAACGCCACCCAGCAGUUAUUUGAUGGGGCGGCGGCUGACCCAUCACUACCUCAACCGGACCUUCUUGACGCCGAAGCCCUCCUGCUGAAGGCUAGCCAAGCAGACUGCUUCCCAGGAGAGAUUAAGUGUCUCAGGGCCGGUAAACCAGUACUGCCCAGCAGUAAGCUCAGUACGCUUACACCGGAGAUGGAUCCAACAAUGGGUCUUAUCCGAGUCGGUGGACGCUUUCGUCGUAUGGACACUUCCUGUUCUACCGACAUCCACCCCAUAGUUCUCGAUCCCUGCCAUGCGGUAACAAGACUCCUUAUCAAGGACGUGGAUGCACGACUACUCCACCCAGGACCCGAUAGGGUCUUCGCCGAGAUCAGGCGCAAGUACUGGGUCCUCCGUGGGAGACAGGCUAUCAAGCACCAUCAGAGGACUUGUACGGAAUGCAGAAAAUGGAGAGGGCAGCCAGUGGUUCCAAUCAUGGCGGACCUACCCCCUGCCCGCCUGCGGAUCUUCAAGCCUCCGUUCUUCUCGACGGGAGUGGACUGCUUUGGACCAUACGUCAUCAAGGUCGGGCGGCGCAGGGAGAAACGAUGGGGUGUCAUAUUCAAAUGUCUCACCACUCGAUGUGUCCACUUAGAUCUGCUAAAUAGUAUCGACGCCGACGCCUUCCUCCUAGCAUUGAGGCGAUUCAUCGCACGUAGAGGCACCCCUUUCGAGGUUCUCUCUGAUCAGGGAACAAACUUCCGAGGUGCAGAGAGAGAGCUGAAGGAGGCGUUCGCUGCAAUGGAACCACAGCUACAAGAGAGACUUGCCAAGCAACGGAUCAAAUUCAAGUUCAACCCACCAGCGGCUCCCCACUUUGGUGGCGCCUGGGAGCGUGAGAUACAAUCCGUCAAGAAAGCCCUGCAGGUGGUGAUUGGUGCUCAGUCCCUCCAAGAAGAAGUCCUGCUCACAGUCUUAAUUGAGGUAGAAGGCAUCCUCAAUUCCAAGCCCUUAGGAUACGUGUCGUCAGACGUUGGGGAUCCGGAUCCUGUGACACCAAACAUGUUGCUGAUGGGGCGGCGGGACGCCUCCUUGCCACAAGUGUCCUACGCUCCGGACCCACUCACCAGGAGACGGUGGCGUCAUUGUCAAAUGAUGGUGGAUCACUUCUGGACACAAUUCAUCAGAAGCUACUUACCGUCUCUUCAGGUCCGCCAGAAGUGGCACCAACCUACCGAUGAUCUUCUCCAGGACACUGUCGUGAUGAUCGUCGAUCCUCAGCUGCCGCGUGCUCAUUGGCCCGUUGGGAAGGUGGUCAGGCUGAAUGCCAGUGCCGAUGGAUGCAUCCGGUCUGCUGAGGUCCAAGUGUGGGACAAGACUUACCUGCGACCAGUAGCACGCCUUGUCCGGCUGCCAGCUGUUCCGGACGACAACGCUGAUCCAGGGACUCCUGUAGCACCUUAGGGAAUUUAUUUUGUUUACAUAAUAGCCAUGCUAUUCAGGGGGCGGCUGUUGUAAAUUCCCUAUAGUUUGUAAUAUCGUAUCGUAUAAUAUAUAGCGUUAUUUCUAUUCAGGCACUUUGGGCAGCCCAGGUAGCGCCGUAGGGUCCUAGAGUUACGAGUUGUACGGGGCUGCGCCAGAGCUCGUUGCGCGCGGCCGCUUAACACGCCAUGACAGAGAAUGCGUUCGUGAAGAAAAAACCAUUCCUACAUCAUUCAUUUAUUCAUACAUCUGUUCAUCCAUUCCGUCAUUCAUUCGGUUACUUAUUGAAGCCAUCAUUGAUAUCAUUCGUCUGCAAGAGAUAUAAACAUCCUGAACUGUUCCCUGUGUAUGCGUCUACUCUCUGACCGGAGUUACCGUCCUGGAUAAAGUGAUCCAAGCAAACACAC